GCUCUCGGAGAAGUGGGAUCGGGAGGCCAGUGCACGGCGCUCUGCGCGGUCAAAGGGAGCGCCCGGCGGCAGCAACGGUAACAGGAGCAGCAGCAGCCCCGGCGCGGCCGCCGCCUCCGCGCCCGGCCGCGGCUGCAGCCUCCGAAGGGAGGCUGGGGAAGCCCGCGUGCGACUUUUCCGCGGACUUUCGGACUGUUUGUGGAUUUACAUGCCAAGCCAUCAAGAUGAUGUCCAUGAACAGCAAGCAGCCUCACUUUGCCAUGCAUCCCACCCUCCCUGAGCACAAGUACCCUUCGCUGCACUCCAGCUCCGAGGCCAUCCGGCGGGCCUGCCUGCCCACGCCGCCGCUGCAGAGCAACCUCUUCGCCAGCCUAGACGAAACGUUGCUGGCGCGGGCCGAGGCGCUGGCGGCCGUGGACAUCGCGGUGUCCCAGGGCAAGAGCCACCCGUUCAAGCCGGACGCCACGUAUCACACGAUGAACAGCGUGCCAUGCACGUCCACGUCCACCGUGCCGCUGGCGCACCACCACCACCACCACCAUCACCACCAGGCGCUGGAGCCCGGCGACCUGCUGGACCACAUCUCGUCGCCCUCGCUCGCGCUCAUGGCCGGCGCGGGCGGCGCGGGCGCGGCGGGCGGCGGCGGUGGUGCCCACGACGGUCCGGGGGGCGGUGGCGGCCCAGGGGGCGGCGGCGGCCCAGGCGGCGGCGGCCCCGGGGGCGGCGGCGGCGGCGGCCCAGGGGGCGGCGGCGGCCCGGGCGGUGGGCUGCUGGGCGGCUCGGCGCACCCGCAUCCGCACAUGCACGGCCUGGGCCACCUGUCGCACCCAGCGGCGGCAGCCGCCAUGAACAUGCCGUCGGGGCUGCCGCACCCCGGGCUGGUGGCGGCGGCUGCGCACCAUGGUGCGGCGGCGGCGGCCGCAGCGGCAGCGGCCGGGCAGGUGGCGGCGGCGUCGGCGGCGGCGGCCGUGGUGGGCGCGGCGGGCCUGGCGUCCAUCUGCGACUCGGACACGGACCCGCGCGAGCUGGAGGCGUUCGCGGAGCGUUUCAAGCAACGGCGCAUCAAGCUGGGCGUGACGCAGGCCGACGUGGGCUCAGCGCUGGCCAACCUCAAGAUCCCGGGCGUGGGCUCGCUCAGCCAGAGCACCAUCUGCAGGUUCGAGUCGCUCACGCUCUCACACAACAACAUGAUCGCGCUCAAGCCCAUCCUGCAGGCGUGGCUCGAGGAGGCCGAGGGUGCCCAGCGCGAGAAAAUGAACAAGCCCGAGCUCUUCAACGGCGGCGAGAAGAAGCGCAAGCGGACUUCCAUCGCAGCGCCCGAAAAGCGCUCCCUCGAGGCCUACUUCGCCGUACAACCCCGGCCCUCGUCCGAGAAGAUCGCCGCCAUCGCGGAGAAACUGGACCUCAAAAAGAAUGUGGUGCGGGUGUGGUUUUGCAAUCAGAGACAGAAGCAGAAGCGGAUGAAAUUCUCCGCCACUUACUGAGAUGGGUGGGAGGUGCCGGGAGGGUCAGAGCGGGGAGCUGACUGGGCACUGCGGGGGCUUCCCCCGGGCCUGCAUCCCCCCAGCCCCGGAUUUGGAGUAUCCGCUAUCCUGCCUGCAUUCGGGUCUUCCUUCCUCGCUCACUCUCCUCUGCCCCGUCCUUGCUCUUCCUGCCCUUUCCGUUCCUCUGCUUAUGGGACUGGGGUGCUGGGUGUGGACCCAAGAGAGGAGGGAGGGAGGGAAGCGGGAGCAGUGGAGUGAGCGGGGACUGGGGGAAGGAAAGUGGAGAUUAGAGGAAGGUUUUUUGAGAAGCAGGAUGGUUCUGGGGGUUAGGGUGGGGGGAGACUUGGGAAAUGUAGGGAAAUGGGCUGUUUUUGACCAGAGACCCUUGUCAAAAUCUCCUGGGGACCAAGGAACUAUGUACAAAAACAAACCCACCAACCACCAAAAACUAGACAAAUAAAGACGAACUAAAACAAAACAGAAUAAAAAGAAAAAAUGCUUUAGAAAUUUAACUCCGGUAGCCGUAUUCUGCAGCUUCAUUUCCCCCUAAAGGAAGAGAAAAGAGAGCACCACUAGUAUUACCAUUGCCCAACACUACACACUCACAGGUACUGAGUCAAAAGCCGAAAACCAAACGAACCAGAAGGUGAAAUUCUGGAUAGCGAAGCUAGUUGUUCUAAUUUAAUUUUUCCCUCUGAGUCUCACCUCCACUCCAUCCAUGCUGUUUGAUUUAUUUUCUCAGUUCCAGUGAGACUCCGAUGGCUGCUCUCCAUUGCCAGAAAGUGAGUGGGGGUGCAGCUGAAAGGCGGGAGGAGGGGUGGCUGCCUGUUUAGGUGGGGGUCCAAGGUUUUUCCAGGGACCAGUCUGUACUACUGUGGCCUGGUCCCGGUUGGGUCCGGGUAUUUAGGGAGAAAGGAGCACAGUCUUUGAGAUGACUAAAAAGCAGAAUUCAGGGGCUCCGAAAUAAAUAUUUUAUUCUAGGAAAACAAAAUAAUUUUAACAAAGUUUUUCUCUUUCCGUUUUUGCUCUUGUAACUAAGAUCUAGAAAACAGACUGUUUCCAAAUAAGCUUUUUUCCCCCUCACCCAUAGAACUUGCUUGCCCUUUCACGUAUUUUUCUAUGUGGUUUAUGUUAAACUACCUACUGAAUUGGGUUUAUUGUUUUUCCUUCUUAAAAAUAGAUUGAUGGGGUGGGAGACACAUAGGAUAGAUACUUUGUCCCAUUUUCUCCACAGAACAAGACACAUCUUGCUUUUCUAGGUCCCCUUUCCUUCUCUCGUGGAGAACAUGAAAUCAUUGAAAUACUGAGAAGUUUCUGCUUUCAGUUGGAGCAGGACUUGGCUGUGAGAAUCAACUAAAUCCCAGAUGAGAGGAAGACAGGUUCAAAGCCCUCCAUUUGUUUCAAGAGGGUCUGCAUGUUAGGGGGGAAAACAGAACAACUGUGUUUCAUUAUUAUUAUUAGUCAAAAAAGUAAUUUAUUGCUGGGGAUAAAUGUUGGGUAGUAAGAACUUUAAUUUGCACUAUCAGUCUCCCAAAUAGAAAAUCAUGUAUAGUAUUUCAUAGUAAUAAUCAAGGUACUUUAUGAACUGCUGAUGAGUAAAAAAUGAGACAGUUGAAGGUGGUGAGGUAAAAUGCUUGCUUGGUGCACAAGAUACUCUUGAUCUCUUGUAGAGAUGGUUUACUGCCAUCGUUUAAUAAAAAGAACUAAAACAUUGGAAACGAAACUGAGAAAAGGAAAAAACUUGCCAUUUGACAAGACUGAAAUCAUGCAUGAUCUGAAAGAUGCAGAAAGAAACACAAUUAGGUCUCACUCUGGUUAGGCAUUAUUUAAUUAUGUUGUAUAUCAUUGUUUGCAGCGCAAACAUUCUAUGCAUUUGAAACAGCACUAAACUGGGCUAGCUUUCUGAUAGACCGUUUUGUGGAUAGUGUGAUUUCACAGUCUACUGCCUGUUUUCACCGAAAACACAACAUUUUUGUCAUAUUCUUGUAUUUAGAGGAAAAGUAAAAAAAUUAUUGUAAAUAUUUUAUUUAAUGCACACACACAGUGGUUACAAUCUGCCAGUGUUAAUCCUGAAAUAUCUCACGGAUUGAUCUACCUGUCCAUGUAUGUCUGCUGAGCUUUCUCCUUGGUUAUGUCUUUGCUCUAUUACCCCUCCUCACUUCUAUCAGAACUAUUCCUGUAUGCCAAAAUACAACAGGGGGAUAUGUCCCAGUACACUUACAAAUAAAACAUAACUGAAAGAAGAGCAGCUAUAUGAUUUGGGUGCAUUUUUGUGUUUAUACUGGGCUAAGUCCUGGUAGAACCGGUCAACAAAUGAGACUCAAUUUAACCAAAAAUACAGGGGAGGAUGUUGAAAGGGGGAUGAAAUGAGGGGAAAAGGUGAGAAAGCUGUAUUUUUCUGCUGAAUCAGAAUUGACUUUCAGAUAACUCAUGUGAAAAGCGGUGCUCUGAAUAAAAUGAAUUCUGUAUUAGCUGCCUGUGUUUAUCAAAGUUUUUUUUUAACUGCAGAAAUUCUUAAACCACAGCCCUCACUUUAGAGUGGUGGAAAAUAAUAAACCAGGCACCCCUAAAAUAUUUAAAUACAGAUUUAAGGACAGAGGCAUUCUGAGGUUUGUGUAUGUUGUUCUAACCGAAAAAAUGUUGUAACUAAAUGAAUUUUCUUUGGAAGUCAACAAAUAUAAAAACCAUCCACUGAUCUGUCCAGCCACCCUGUCAAAUGCCUCUGUUCAUUUGGAACAUUUAGUGUGCCACCUACUGCUCCAGAGGGACAAGAGAUUCUUUGGUGACUUGGGACUAGAUCAGAUGCCAAAUGUACAAAGUUUCUUAAUAGCUGGGAUUAUAUCGUCUGACGUCAUACUAAUUUACCCAAAUCUUUCUUAAUUUUACCGGCAAAUCUGUGAAAGAAAACACUUGGUGUUCAAAAAAGAAUAAUACAUUUAAAAAGCUGUGAUUUUAAACAGUUGUUAAUGUUUAAAGAAAAGCACUAGAGGUAUUU